AUGCCGCUGGUCUCACCCAAGCUACUGCGCGCUACUGUCAUUGCUCUUGUCUUGAUACUGAUUGUUGCACUAUGGCAAUUCCAAAGCAACACCUUCCAACAACUGUCGCAUUUGAAUCAUAUCAACGGCAAUGGCGAUAAUGGCAACAUAAAUGAGAAUGGGGCUUCGUCAUCUCUCACUGCCGUAGCUGCAGGUACCAUCGACUGGUCUCGCUUCGCAUACGUUCAAUAUGUCACGAAUACAGCAUAUCUAUGCAACUCUGUAAUGCUCUUUGAGAUUUUGAACCGACUGCAAAGUAAAGCAGACCGCCUACUGAUGUAUCCAUCUAGCUUUUCAGUGGACACAGAAGAUGACUCGACUGAAAGCAAGCUUCUUCGCAAAGCCCGCGAUGAGUACAAGGUGAAACUUGUACCAAUCUUGGUGCAGAGCCGAUCUGGAGGCGAUUCAACAUGGGCCGAGAGCUAUACCAAACUCCUCGCAUUCAACCAAACCCAAUAUGACCGUGUUCUAAGCUUGGAUUCGGAUUCAACGAUUCUCCAAACUAUGGACGAGCUAUUUUUGCUUCCAUCCGCACCUGUUGGAAUGCCCCGUGCCUACUGGCUUAAUUUUGCUGAACCUGUUCUAAGCUCUCAAUUAGUGCUGAUACAGCCGUCGGAAUUUGAGUUUAAGCGCGUCAUGGAUGCCAUCUCCUCGGCCAGUUCAAGGGAUUACGACAUGGAAAUUGUCAAUAACCUAUAUAAAGACAGCGCUUUUAUUUUACCUCAUCGACCGUACAAUUUAAUAACUGGGGAGUUCCGUUCAAAGCAGCAUUCAGAUUACAUGGGAAAUUCUGAAGAGCAAUGGGACCCGGAAAAAAUACUGCAUGAGGCCAAGUUUUUGCAUUUCUCUGACUGGCCAGUUCCUAAGCCAUGGGUACCUGCCAGUCCCUCUGUUAUUCAAGGGAAGCAACCCACGUGCGACAUGAAUCUCGUAACCGGCCACGAAGAUAAUUGCCGGGCCCGGGAUAUCUGGUUAGGAUUCUACGAUGACUUUGCUCGCCGACGAAUGUACCUCAGUGAAAGGGAAAGCGACGCGAGAUAG